UACGAGGACCUUAACAUGGCUACUAAUUUUUCCAUAUAUACUACUCUUCUGACAAUGGAACCAUUGGACAUCCUACCAUCAAAUAUUUUUCCAACAUUUAUUUUUGGAACCCUUACAUAUUGUGCUAUUUUGCUUUUUAAUAUGACAAUAUUGAUAACAAUUGUUCUGAACCAGAACCUUCACAAACCUAUGUAUGUACUGUUGUUUAACUUGCCAAUCAAUGACAUAGUAGGGGCAACAUCCUUCUUCCCUCAGCUGGUGUCUGAUAUAUUGUCACAGAAUACAACAAUCACCUACUCUGCUUGUUUCCUGCAAGCUUUCCUGGUACACAUAUAUGGAGCUGGGUCUCUUCUCAUUCUCACUGCUAUGGCUUAUGAUAGAUACAUUGCCAUUUGUUGUCCACUAAAGUACAACACCUUGAUGUGCCCAAAUAACGUGUUGAAAAUAAUAACAAUAAUAUGGAUCCUAGACUUUAGUCUGAUUGGUUUACUACUUGCCCUGAACUUCCGCAAAGAGAUCUGUGGCACUAAAAUAGCAGAUAUGUACUGCAAUAAUCCAUCUUUGAUGAAGCUUGUAUGUGGGGACAUCCAGUUGAAUAACUACUAUGGACUGUUUAUAACAGUUUUUUUACAAGGUGUGUCAUUGCUGUUAGUGUUAUUUACAUAUAUCCAGAUCUUAAUUACUUGCAUGUUCAAAAGGCAGUCAGAUGCAAAGCACAAGGCAAUCCAGACCUGUGGCACACACCUAAUUGUUUUUUUAUUUUUGGAGAUCAAUGCAUUUUUCACCCUAAUUUCUCACAGACUAGAUAAGGUAUCCCCAUCCACAAGAAGAGCGUUUGGUGUUUCAGUUAUGAUAUUUCCUCCUUUUCUUAAUCCUCUUAUAUAUGGAUUGAAAACAAAGGAAAUUCGACAGAAGAUCAUUUUCUACUUCCAAAAGAAGAUAUCCCCAGCAUAA